AUGGCGAGAGACAAGCUGGACCCAGUGCAGGGCUCCUACGUCAUCGAGGAGGUGGUGGCUGGUCGGCUGUUUGGGAAAGCUCAGGCUGGAGGGGGGAUGGGGUGGAUCACACAGCUAGUGACUGAAGCCGAUAUCAUCUCUACCGUCGAGUUCAACCACACUGGAGAGCUGCUGGCCACCGGUGACAAGGGUGGCCGGGUCGUCAUCUUCCAGCGGGAACCGGAGAGUAAGAAUGCGCCGCACAGCCAGGGCGAGUAUGACGUCUACAGCACUUUUCAGAGCCACGAGCCAGAGUUCGACUAUCUCAAGAGCCUGGAGAUAGAGGAGAAAAUCAACAAGAUCAAGUGGCUCCCGCAGCAGAAUGCCGCCCACUCCCUGCUGUCCACCAACGAUAAAACCAUCAAACUGUGGAAGAUCACCGAGCGUGACAAGAGGCCCGAGGGUUACAACCUGAAGGAUGAGGAGGGGAAACUCAAGGACCUGUCCACGGUGACGUCGCUGCAGGUGCCUGUGCUGAAGCCCAUGGACCUGAUGGUGGAGGUGAGCCCACGGAGGGUCUUCGCCAAUGGCCACACCUACCACAUCAACUCCAUCUCCGUCAACAGCGACUGCGAGACGUACAUGUCCGCGGACGACCUGCGCAUCAACCUCUGGCACCUGGCCAUCACCGACCGGAGCUUCAACAUUGUGGACAUCAAGCCAGCCAACAUGGAGGACCUCACAGAGGUGAUCACCGCGUCCGAAUUCCAUCCGCACCACUGCAACCUCUUCGUCUACAGCAGCAGCAAGGGCUCCCUGCGCCUCUGUGACAUGCGGGCAGCUGCCCUGUGCGACAAGCACUCCAAACUGUUUGAAGAGCCGGAGGACCCCAGUAACCGCUCCUUCUUCUCAGAAAUCAUUUCCUCUGUGUCAGACGUGAAGUUCAGCCACAGCGGCCGGUACAUGCUCACCCGGGAUUACCUCACGGUCAAGGUCUGGGACCUGAACAUGGAGGCACGCCCAAUUGAGACCUAUCAGGUCCACGAUUACCUUCGGAGCAAGCUCUGCUCCCUGUAUGAGAAUGACUGUAUUUUUGACAAGUUUGAAUGCGCCUGGAACGGGAGCGACAGCGUCAUCAUGACCGGGGCCUACAACAACUUCUUCCGCAUGUUUGACCGCAACACCAAGCGGGACGUGACCCUGGAGGCGUCGCGGGAGAGCAGCAAGCCCCGCGCGGUGCUCAAGCCGCGGCGCGACAAGGUGAACUCGGACAUGCACUAG